AUGGCUGCUGCCCACACAAUCCCACCUGCACAAUUUUUUACCUCACUCGCCCAAAACUAUGGCCGUCAAACUGGCAACUCAACUCGUGCCCUGUUCGCCGCGAUUGUAGGGCGAAUUGCACCAGCUAUAACAUCGUCUUCAGUGAUCCAUGACAAUGCGGGUGGUGUCGGUACUGCCACUUCAGUGAUCCUUGAUAAUCUCGCCCCCACCUCUUCGGAUGACAUCCCAGAAGUCUUGAUUACCGACAACAACUCGGCAAUGAUUGCCGCGGCGAAUGAGACCUUCAGAAACAUUGGUUCCAAAAUCACGGCAGUCGAAGCGGAUUCUCAAGAUCUGAGCAGCAUCCCCGACGCCAAAUUCACACACUCUAUUGUCAACUUCUCGGUCUUUCUUUUCCCGGAUGCGCUCCAAGCACUUCGUGAGAUUCAUCGCACUCUCCAACCUGACGGGGUUGCAGUGCUACUGACUUGGAAGCGAUUUGGAUUCGGCUCUACGGUUCACGUCGCGCAGAGUCUAGUUCGCCCUGAUCUACCGCCGAUACCAAUCGCCGGGUCUCAGUUUAUGAACCCGCGUGUAUUGGCAGAGCUUGUUAUCAAGGCUGGCUUCAGCGAGACAACGAUGCAUGUUAAUCAAGAUGGGACCGUAAGGAAAGAUGAGGACCUUGAAGGAAUGAGACAGUUCAUGUUAGCAGAUGUCUCCAAGAUGGCGACAAAAGACUGGACAGAGGAAGAGAGGGGAAGAUGGCCCGCGGCUAUUAAUGAGGCUAUCCAGAGGGAAGUUGAGCAAUAUGGGGGUAUUCAAUUUGAGUCUUGGACUAUAAUUGCCCGUAAGUAG